AUGCUUGGACGUUCUCCAAGGAAGAUUAACAAUACCAGGUACUAUGAGGUCCUUGGGGUCACAAAGAAUGCAAGUCUGGAUGAAUUGAAGAAGGCAUACAUGAAUACUGCCAUAAAAAACCAUCCACACUAUGGUGGUGACCCUGAAAAGUUCAAGGAGUUGGCUCAGGCCUAUGAAGUGCUUAGUGAUCCUGAGAAGAGGGUUAUCUAUGAUCAGUAUGGCGAAGAUGCUCUUAAAGAGGGAAUGGGAGGUGGUGCUGGUGCUCACAAUCCUUUUGAUAUAUUUGAACAGUUUUUCGGUGGUGGUGGUUUUGGUGGUGGGGGCUCAAGAGGGCGUAGGCAGAAGCAUGGAGAGGAUGUUGUUCAUACCCUCAAGGUUUCUUUGGAGGACCUUUAUAAUGGAACAUUUAAGAAGCUUUCACUUUCAAGAAAUAGGCUGUGUCCAAAAUGUAGUGGAAGAGGAAGUCAGGGCUCUUCCUCUCUCAAGUGCAAUGGAUGCCAAGGAUCGGGGAUGAGCGUUGGAGUUAGACUGAUUGGGCCAGGAAUGAUCCAACAAAUGCCGCAUGUUUGUACUGUAUGCGAAGGCCCUGGUGAGGUUAUAAGUGAUAAAGACAAAUGCCCACAAUGUAAAGGUAACAAAGUCACUCAUGAGAAGAAGGUAUUAAAGGUGUUGGUUGAGAAGGGAAUGCAGCAUGGUCAAAAGAUUGUAUUCCCAGGAGAGGCUGAUGAAGCUCCUGAUACAGUUACAGGAGACAUCGUCUUUGUUUUGCAACUUAAAGAGCACCCCAAGUUCAAGCGAAAGUAUGAUGAUCUGUAUGUAGAGCAUACACUCUCGCUGACCGAGUCCCUCUGCGGCUUCCAGUUUGCUUUAACACAUCUUGAUUACAGAGAGCUUCUUAUCAAAUCAAAUCCAGGCGAAGUUAUCAAACCUGGUCAAUCUAAAGCCAUCAAUGAUGAGGGGAUGCCUAAUUACCCUUACCACAGGGCAUUCAUGAAGGGUCGACUGUACAUCAAAUUCAAUGUGGAAUUUCCUGAUUCAGGAGUUCUUUCUCUUGGUCAGUGCAGGCAUCUGGAGGCAAUUCUUCCACCCAGAACAAGCACGUGGAUGACCGACAUGGAGCUUGAUGAAUGCGAGGAAACCACCAUUUAUGAUGUUAAUAUUGAAGACGAGAUGAGAUGAAAGCAGCAGCAGC